GGAGAGGACACGCCAGCAAAACAACAGCACAGGCGCUCAGAAGUACAGGGAAGCCAGGAUCCUUUGCAACUCUUACAGACUGCUGUGAUGCUGCCUGCGACUUUCAAGCUGUGUGCCGGCAUCUCCUACAGACACAUGCACAGUACAAUGGGCCUGAGAAGACAAGCAGCUGCUGCAAUUGUCCAGGAGCUGAAUAAAUUUGCAGUUACCAGGCCGGGUCCCAGCAAGUGGAUCAAUCAUGUGCGCAGAAGGAGCUCUUUGCUAAGUUCUAGACUGGAAGAGAAUCCCUUCAAUGAAAUGGAGCUGUCCUACAUCAAACAAGGAGAUGAGGCGCUUCAGAAAUCACUUAAGAUUCUUGGAGACCAGGAUGGUUGGAAGACAGAGACAGUGAUGGACAAUGGUGACAAAGUCCUGAGCAAAGUACUCCCAGAUGUGGGGAUAUUCCAGCUAGAGGUGGUGGUUGAUAAACCCCUGGACUGCGUCUAUAGCGAGUUAGUGGAAAGGAUGGAGCAGAUGGGAGACUGGAACCCGAAUGUCAAAGAAAUCCAGAUCUUGCAGAAGAUCGGCAACGACACGGUGAUCACUCACGAAACUGCAGCCCCAACCGCUGGCAACAUAGUUGGGCCACGAGACUUUGUGAGUGUCCGUUGUUCCAAGAGGCGAGGCUCAACCUGUGUCCUGGCUGGCAUGUCCACCACCUAUGCAGCGAUGCCUGAACAAAAAGGGGUUAUUAGAGCUGAGAAUGGUCCUACAUGUAUGGUUCUUCGGCCAGUCCUUGGUGACCCCUCCCAGACCAAGUUAACCUGGCUUCUCAGCAUCGACCUCAAGGGAUGGCUGCCCAAGGCCCUCAUCAACCAAGUCCUCUCUCAAACCCAGGUGGAUUUCGCUAAGCAUCUGCGCAACCAUUUGAGCAGCAAUUCCGCCUCCAUGCAGCAGGCCGUGCGCUGUUGAAGUGGCCGCACACACGCAACACACUCCUCGUGGCUGAUGAAUCCCUUCCCCGGCUCAUGGACCACUCGCUCAAGGCUCUUUCCCUGGCAGCUGAGGCCUCCUGCUCCAGAAAAUGGGUACAGGGGCAUCCAUCUCUCCUGCUAGAGAACAGGCUUCCUGCCUGCUCCUCUGAGGCAGCUUUUUUUAUCUUCUCCCCAAAUCAAGAGUGGGUAAUCUUCUCGGUGGUUGUUGUUCUCAGGGGUGGUCUGUUGUGGGUCACAUUUCAGCAGUGGGUACUGCCAGAGCCAAAAGGCAGAGUGUGCCACCCCUUCCUCUCCCUCCUUCAUUUCACCCCCCUCUCUUUU